AUGGCAUUGACCACACCCAUUGGAUGGGCAGUGGUCACACCCACUGAGAGGGUGUAUAAAAAGCCCUCUUCAGAGGCACCAUCCAUACUGAAGUCACCUAUUCUUCUUCUCUACCCAACGACAACCUCAACCACCAACACCAUGUGUGGCAGCUACUACGGAAACUACUAUGGAGGCCUGGGCUGUGGCUACAGAGGCCUGGGCUGUGGCUACGGAGGCCUGGGAUAUGGCUACGGUGGCCUGGGCUAUGGCUAUGGCAGCCUGGGCUAUGGCUAUGGUGGCCUGGGCUAUGGCUAUGGUGGCCUGGGCUGUGGCUAUGGCUCCUGCUAUGGCUGUGGCUUCCGCAGACUGGGUUGUGGCUAUGGAUAUGGUUCUGGCUACGGUUGUGGCUCUGGCUAUGGCUACUACUAUUAA